CGUGUAUUAUUAAUUUCAUAUAACACCCCCCUAGCUAGCUAGUCCCUCCAAGGUUGUUAUCUGAAUCUAUUUAUCUUAUCUUAUUAAGAUGGGAUUAGUUCUACUUCUUGCUAAUUUAUUUCUUCUUCUUCUUCUUCUUCUUCUUCAUCUUCUUAUUGCAAGAGCAUCUUCCCUUGUUACAGAAACCUCUCAUGUGGCAUGUUCCAGCCUGCAUCAAGGAGAUGAUCAACAGCGGCUAUUCAACGAGUCCGCUGGGUUGCACCUCACCUUACACCGGCGCCACGGACUGGACACGCCGUUGCCAUUGUUGUCGGACAUUCUGGCGCGAGAUGAAGCACGAGUACGAUCCCUCAAUGCAAGACUAACAAGCAAAAGAGUAAUCAACACGACCGCCGCUUCAUCAAAAUUGAAUCAUCUCCGAGCAAGUUCCGUAAGCCUACCAUUGAAUCCGGGCGAGUCCAUAGGGACGGGUAAUUACUAUGUAAAGAUUGGGCUGGGAACACCCACCAAGUACUACGCCGUGUUGGUCGACACCGGCAGCUCCUUCACUUGGCUCCAGUGCCAGCCCUGUACCAUUUACUGUCAUCGCCAGGUUGGGCCAACCUUCGACCCCUCAGCCUCCAAGACUCACAGGUUCAUGUCCUGCUCCACCCCGGAAUGCGCCGGCCUAGAGGCUGCCACCCUCAACGCUCCCUCCUGUUCCAACUCCAACGUCUGUAUAUACGCCGCCAGCUACGGUGAUUCAUCCUUUUCCGUUGGCUACUUGAGUAAGGAUACCUUAACCCUUUCACCCUCUCAGACCCUGCCGGGGUUUGUGUACGGGUGUGGCCAGGACAACGAAGGCCUAUUCGGCCAGGCUGCCGGCCUCAUUGGCCUUGCCCGUAACAAGCUUUCCAUGCUGUCCCAGUUGUCCACCAAAUACGGAUACGCUUUCUCCUACUGCCUGCCGACGGCUGCUUCGACGGGCUCCUUGUCCAUCGGCGGGAGCUUCGACCCAUCCAUCUAUAAGUUCACCCCCAUGCUCACCGAUUCUCGGGACACCACACUCUACUUUCUCCGGUUGACAAGUAUAACAGUCGCCGGCCGACUCUUGGCCGUGCCCGCCACCGCGUACCGGACAUCUACCAUCAUCGACUCUGGAACCGUAAUUACAAGACUGCCGUCGACGGUAUACGCUUCGCUGAAAGACGCGUUCCUGAAGGCCACCUCCCGAUAUCAGCGGGCCCCUGCAUAUUCCAUACUCGACACGUGCUUCAAGGGGAAGGUGACGUCCGUACCGGAGGUCCGGCUUAUAUUCCAAGGAGGGGCGGAGUUGAAGCUGGAGCCUUGGAACGUUGUUUUGGAUUUGAAUAACGGCGUUACCUGCUUGGCCUUCGCCGGCAACUCUGGCAGCAACGGAAUCACCAUCAUCGGAAACCAUCAGCAGGAAUCGUUUCGGGUUGCUUACGAUGUUUCUAACUCUAGGAUUGGGUUUGCUGCCGGUGGAUGUGGUUGAAGGCCCAAAAACUUAUUAAAACAAGAUGCAGAAUAAAUUAAUAAUAUAUAUAUAUAAACAUUGCAAGGAAAACAGAGAUGGGCUUCUGAAACAAAAUACGUGGGCCUGGCCCAUAAUAGCCUCUCCCGAUCCGAACUACUUAGCAAUAGCAUCAUCAAUAAUUGUUUUCUUAUUAUAUAUGUUGUGUUAUUUAGGCUAUUAAUGUGUACAUAGAUAUGAAACAAGUUAAGCUGUUAAAAUGGAAAUAUUGAUUGUAAAUUGAAUACCACAAAUUGUGACUGAAGCAUGUUAUUGAAUUCAAAGAGGGAAAUAAUAGCAAGCUGUGGAUUUCCUCUUUUAUAUAUCA